GAGCUAACGUUCAGUUUGUAGCUUAACUUUAUUCGACUAUAAAUAAAAGAAAUCACAUCCGCCUCGCACAAGGUUUGCUGAGCACACGGGGGACACCCCCAGUGCUUCCCAUGGGUGCGAGCUUCCCGAGGCCAGACUGACGAAGAGGUGCGGUUGGGAUGACCCCGCCUCUGGAGCCGUGUCAGGCUGGAAGUCCGCCGCCACGACCCACCUCACGCCGCCCGGCUGCCGCGCGUUAACAACGGCGGGACACAGCCCACCCCGCCUCCCGCUGCGGAUGUGCGGCACACCGCGGCUCCGCGCCGCCAUGAACGGAAAGGGGCAUGCGCUGAGGGAGGGCGCUGUGGGCAGCUUGCGUGCUGUGUGCCAGCCCGGGGCGGUGCUGCCGCCAUACCAGGCCGGGCUGUGCUAUGUGACGUAGGGAGGACGCGCGUGAGAGCCGGUCCGCGCCGAGGCCGGCUCAGGGGAGGGGCGGCAGCGCCUUGCCUCGCCGCCCUUUGUUUCUCUCCCUCGUCCCUGGCCUCGCAGAGCGGCAGGGCCCGCGCCCUCAUGGAGGACGAAGACUGCCCCGACCUGGUCCCGAUAGACGCCGGCGGCGAGGGGGAGACCGAGUCCAGCCGCAGCAGGAAAAUCCCAGUGACCAUCAUCACGGGAUACCUGGGAAGUGCCUUGGAGAAAUACCUGGCAGUCAGUCAAGGGGGAGAACUCUACGAAGAAUGGCUGGAGCUCAGAAAUGGCUGCCUGUGCUGUUCAGUAAAGGACAGUGGUGUGAAGGCAAUUGAGAACCUGAUGCAAAGGAGAGGAAAAUUUGACUAUAUAUUGUUAGAGACAACUGGUUUGGCAGAUCCAGGAGCUGUGGCCUCCAUGUUCUGGGUUGAUUCUGAGCUGGGAAGUGAUAUCUAUCUUGAUGGUAUUGUAGCUGUUGUUGAUGCAAAGCAUGGAUUGCAGCACUUGACAGAGGAAAAACCAGAAGGCCUUGUCAAUGAAGCAUCUCGGCAGGUUGCAUUAGCUGAUCUUAUAAUCAUCAAUAAAACAGAUUUGGUUUCAGAAGAAGAGCUGAAUAAAGUCAGAACACGUGUCAGGUCAAUAAAUGGACUUGGUAAAAUUCUAGAGACACAAAGAUCAAGAGUUGAUCUCUGCAAUGUCUUGGACCUGCAUGCUUUUGACAGUUUAUCUGGAAUAAGUUUGCAGAAAAAGCUGGAGCAUCUGAAGACAGCACAUGCACAUCUAGACAAGGGUAUAAUUACAGUAACAUUUGAAGUUCUAGGAAGUAUAAAAGAAGAAAACUUAAACCUCUUCAUUCAGGAUCUUCUGUGGGAGAAGAAUAUGAAAGAUAAGACUGGGCACACCAUGGACGUCAUAAGACUGAAGGGACUGGUAUCUAUUCAAGGCAAAUCUCAUCAGGUGAUAGUCCAAGGUGUCCAUGAGCUCUAUGAUCUAGAAGAGACUGCAGUACCCUGGGAAGAAGGUGAAAAGAGAACAAAUAGACUGGUCCUAAUAGGCAGGAACUUGGAUAAGGAGAUCAUCAAAGAAGUAUUCAUAGCCACUGUCAUGAUUUAAGCCCAGCGGGUAAUUCAGCACCAUGCAACCAUUCACUCACCCUCCCUUCUCUCCCCUGCUCUGGGUGGGAUAGGGAGGAGAAAUGAAAGAAUAUAAACCCCACGGGUUGAGAUAAGAACAGUAACUAAAGUAUAAUACAAAACCACUACUACUACUAAUAAUGAUAAUAGAAAUAACAAAGGGAGAGAAUAUAAAACUAAAAAGGGAAAGGAAAAAAAAACCAACCAAUAAACACAAGUGAUGCACAAUACAAUUGUUUACCAUCCACCAACCGAUACACAGCUCAACCCGAGCAGCAGUCUGGAUCUUCCAUGUGACUCCCCCCAGUUUCUAUACUGGGCAUGAUGUGCUGUGGUGUGGAAUACCCCUUUCGCUAGUUUGGGUCAGGUGUCCUGUCUCUGCUACCUCCAGGCUUCUCGUGCCCCUCCUCACUGGCAGAGCAUGAGGGACUGAAAAGUCUCAGGUAAGAUCAGGGCAUUACUGAGCAUUACUAAGCAAUAGCUAAAACAUCGAUGUGUUAUCAACACUGUUCUCAGACUAAACCCAAAACACAGCACCGCACCAGAUACUAGGAAGGAGAAAACUGUUACAGCUGAACCCAGGACAACCACUGUGAGAGAAAAACAAGGAAAUGGUUGACAUCAGACUACAAAAAAGGUGAAAUGUCUGUACUUAACCCUGCAAGCUUUUUAUGACGAAAAGACUGAAUGAAAUGCAGUGUAGCAGUUUCUUUUUCCUCUUUUAGUUUACACAACAGUUAAACCCUGAAGUCCUUCUAAGAAUCCCGGGUGACCUACUGCCUAAAGUAUGACCUCUUACAGUCUACGAUCAAACACGCAGAAUUCAACAUUUUGGAUUUGGCUUCAUAGAAUCAUUGAAUCACAGAAUAGUUUGGGCUGGAAGGGAUCUUCAAAAGUCAUCUAGUUCAAUCCCCAAGUUAUGUCAGUAGCAUCAUGUACCUGUGCAGAAAUGCAGAUAGGAAAAAAGCCUGUUGUCCAUGCUGUGCAAUAAGUAUUACAUAGGAAUAUGGUGAACAUGUUUGAAGCCUAGUGCCUUCUUCCAGCUAACUCUCUUGCUGCUGGAAAUGAAGCAAGAGUGAUUAUUGCAAGUGAUGUAAUCACAGUAAAAAGCGUUUAGUGUUUACUAUUAAACUGUCUUCCAUCUCUUUCGA